AUGCCUUAUGAAUAUCUGGAUAAAAAAGAAAAACUUAGCAAAACACAACUACCAACGAAAGAAGAAUUUUACAGCACAUUGAACGACUCAACGAUUACUGACGAUGACUAUAAACAUGCGCAAAACGUAUGGUCAGCAUUUGCGUGUCCAACGUUAGGUGACUAUGUAAAACUGUACUUGAAAUCUGAUGUUUUGCUUCUUGCUGACGUUUUUGAGAGUUUUCGCGAUCAGUGUUGUGUUUAUGAAUUAGAUCCUGCGCACUACUAUACAACACCAGGCUUGACGUGGGACGCUAUGCUCAAGUAUACAAAUGUACGACUAGAACUCCUCACUGACGUUGAUAUGCUGUUAAUGAUUGAACAAGGCAAACGAGGUGGUGUGAGUCAGUGCUCUAACCGCUACUCAUCCGCCAAUAACAAAUAUAUGACAACAUACAACAAAAGUGAGGAGAGCGUCUACAUUCUGUACUUGGAUGAAAAUAACUUGUAUGGCUGGGCAAUGGGAGAAUCCUUACCCUACGGAGAAUUCAAGUGGGUGUCUAAUGUUGACAAUAACUUUGAUUUUAAUAUUCCGGAUGAUUCAUCAUACGGCUACAUCCUUGAAGUCGACUUAGAAUACCCACAAGAGCUCCACGAUCAGCAUAAUGAUCUUCCAUUUUGUCCAGAACAUGCAAGUCCACCCGGAUCAAGUCAAGUAAAGCUUCUUACCACCCUCUCACCAAAGCGAAAAUACGUUCUUCAUUAUCGUGCUCUCAAACAGGCUCUAACAAACGGGUUAGUGUUGCAGUCGAUACAUCGAGUAUUGAGAUUUAAGCAAUCAACAUGGCUUAAGAAUUAUAUCGACUUCAAUACUACUCUUAGAGCAAACGCACAAAAUGAUUUUGAGAAAAAUUUAUUCAAAUUAAUGAAUAAUGCGGUUUACGGUAAAACGAUGGAAAAUGUCCGAAAAUAUGUCAAUGUUAAACUCGUAACGAAAUGGGAGGGUAGGUAUGGAGCUGAAGCUUUGAUAGUUAAAGCAAAUUUCCAAAGUCGAUCGAUUUUUAGCGAAAAUCUUAUUGCUGUUGAACUGAGAAGAUUGGAAGUUUUGUUUAACAAACCAAUCUACGUUGGUCUUACUGUACUUGUUGUGUCUAAAAUACUUAUGUAUGAAUUUCAUUAUGACUAUAUGCAACAAAAGUAUGGUGAAAAUUGUAAAUUAUUGUACACGGAUACCGAUAGUUUCAUCUAUGAAUUAAAAUGUAAUGACGUUUACGAAAUCAUGAAGCAGGACAUCGACAAAUUUGACACCUUCGAUUACCCUAUAGACAAUGUGUACGGAAUGCCACAGGUCAACAAAAAAGUGUUAGGUCUUAUGAAAGAUGAAUGUAGCGGUAAAAUCAUAACCGAGUUUGUUGGCCUGCGGAGUAAAAUGUACAGUGUACGCGUGAAUGGUAUCGAUCAUGUUAAAAAAGCAAAGGGAUUAAAAUCAAAUAUUAUAAAGAAAACUAUUACUUUCAACGAUUUCAAACAAUGUCUUCGAGAAAACAGUAAACAAACGCGAAUGCAACAUCUUAUCCGGUCACGAUUACACAAUGUAGAAACAAUUCGACAAACAAAACUUGCUCUUAGUCCAUAUGACGAUAAGCGUUGCUUACUACCAAAUACAACUGAUACCCUUGCAUGGGGACAUUAUAGAAUAAGAGAAAUAGAGAGAGAAAAUGAUGUGGAAGAAUGA